UAAUGGAGAAUAUUUUUAGACUAUUAUAUUAUUAGAUUCGUAGAUCUAAACAGAGGUUAGAAUAAACAUUGGAUAUUUGAACUCGUAGAAUACAUUGAAACAUGAAUUAUUGAAAUAUAUUAUUUAAAAGAACUAGUUAGAUAGGUGCAUAUGAGUUAUUGAAUUAUAAGAUAACCUUUGUCGUCGACGAUACUUGCUCGGAAAACAAACGUUUUUGAUACGAGAAAAAUGAAUCUCUUCUGUAUAAUUAGAAACAGAGAUAAUGACAUUUAAGUAAGAAAAAAUCGUAUCCUGGAGAAGAAUUAGAAAUCAAUCAUCGUAAAAGUACUUGCUUCGUUAUAGCUUUUCGUGUACGUAUUUCUUUAUUCAUAUAAAAUACGCAAGUGUCGACUGACAUUAUACAAGUAAUUGGAUUAUUUUAUUACGGCCCUGAUGCUAUCGAAACACACAUAUGCGUUAAGAUAUACUUCUACAUAUAUACAUAUGCGUUUUAUACACACAUCGCUUUGAGUCAUACACGAAGAUAUACUUGUGUACGCGUUCUUUGCUUUACCGUCAAGUGUACCAUAUAUCAGAAUUAUGUCUCACCCUCGACAUGGAGUGGAGGACAGUAGCGCUGACAGUGUUGAUAGUGAGUUUAUGUUUUUUGGUAAUACCGAUCAGAGUAGAUCCUGAUCCGAGUAGCGAGGACAUUAAACUUUUUAAGAAUUAUGUCACGCGAUACAAUAAAACUUAUCGGAACGAUCCAACGGAAUACGAGGAAAGAUUUCAACGAUUUCAGAGAUCGCUGCGGCACAUAGAAACAAUGAAUAGCCUUCGAUCUUCACCGGAGAGCGCGUUUUACGGCCUCACAGAAUUUUCUGACAUGACAGAAGAUGAAUUUCGGUCACAAGCUCUUUCACCUGAUCUAGCGGCGAGAGGAGAGAAACACGCGACUGCACCCUACCAUCGAUUGCAUCGUUUGAAACAUUCGAAUCGAGUAAGAAGAGCGACUGUUGUACCCUUAAGAUUCGACUGGAGAGACAAAGGAGUAAUUACUCCUGUACGAAGUCAAGGUGCAUGCGGUGCAUGUUGGGCCUUCAGCACCGUCGAAGUCGCUGAAUCAAUGUUUGCCAUCCAAAACGGCACUCUGUAUCCGCUAAGCGUGCAAGAAAUGAUCGAUUGCGCUAAAAACAGUAAUUUCGGAUGCGAGGGUGGAGACAUAUGCAGUCUUCUUUCAUGGUUGCUGUUGUCGAAGGUCCAAAUAUUUCAGGAGCACGCUUACCCUUUGACACGAAAGACAGACACGUGUAAACUUGAAAAAACAGCGGGUAAAAUAUCUGGCGUUAGGAUAAAGGAUUUCACGUGCGAUAGUUUCGUUGAUGCAGAGGAUGAGCUGGUAUCAACACUGGCUACUCAUGGACCGGUGGCGGCUGCGGUGAACGCUUUGUCUUGGCAAAAUUAUUUAGGUGGAGUAAUACAAUUCCAUUGCGAUGGGUCCUUUGAUAGUCUGAAUCAUGCCGUGCAGAUAGUAGGAUAUGACAAAUCCGCGAAAAUACCUCAUUAUAUUAUCAAAAAUUCAUGGGGAUCAAACUUCGGAGACAACGGCUUUAUGUACAUAGCCAUAGGCAACAAUUUAUGCGACGGCUAAUCGAUUUCACCGAGUCUACGUCUAAGAUAACCGCAUCCGCAUUUCUAUGGUUGCCAAGCUCGUGCUUUUACUUCAAGAGGCGAUCUUCGAACACGUGUAACGUUACGACAAAUUACCAUUACGACGUGUAACAUAUUAAAUCAAAAAAACAAAGUCCGAAGAAAGAAGAAGAUAAACGUCAUCGUUUUACGUGAACUACAGUCGUUGAAAAGAUGACAAGAAGCAAUCCUCGAAUGCUCAAAUAGAUAAUUUGAAGUCUUAACUUCACCCUCGGAUGAGGAUUUUUAAAGGAACGAGACGGGAAAACGCGACGACCACACCUGCAUUCUGUGGUAUCGAAAGAGCGUCAACGAGUUGGUUACCUAAUGCAUCUAUGCGUGUCAGUGUGGGGUGUCGCAUAUCAUCUAGUGGUAUUACUUUACUUAGAUCCCACUGUUAUUUCUACGGUUCUCACAAUCUUAUUCCGACAUGAAAGAAGAGGAAAGUAACGGUAAUGAAAAAGUGUCACAUUGCUAAUAACCUUGAUCCGUUUACCAAUUCUCCGUGAAGAAUCAAUGAAGCCGAAUUCCGACGAUCUUGAGAAAUCACGCGAAGCUACCGAAUGAAAAUUUCUAAUGGCCGCUUGCUUUCGUUAAGUGAAAUAGUCUUGAAGGGUGACUUCAGAAUACAAUCUGAUUAGCUGGAGCAUCACUCCUGUCAUAAAUCGCGCUGGCCUAAUUGGCUUGCGAUUAAGGGUCGUUCACAUUCCUUCCAUCACUGUCAUUGUCAACGCAUGGCCGCUGGCCUUCUUUCACGUUUACAAGAUUAGCUCUGUGACACGUUGAACGAAAUUUAUUUAUCAUUAUUUUCCUUUUCUCGAGAUGUUUGAUAAGUCCAAUUGCGAGGGGACUAAUGAUACGAUCGUUUCACCGAGGAUCCUUUUAUAUA